AUGGGAAGGCCUCUAUGUUAUGACAAAUCCAAUGUCAAGAAAGGUCUAUGGACCGCAGAAGAAGAUGCUAAGAUCCUUGCUUAUGUUCCAAUCCAUGGUGUAGGAAAAUGGAGUUUGAUCCCCAAGGAAGCAGGCCUGAACCAAUGUGGAAAGAGCUGUAGAUUAAGAUGGACUAAUUACUUAAGACCUGACCUUAAACAUGACAGCACCUGUAGGGACAUACGUUGCAGUAUGGGUGGAAAUGGCAUCAUAGCUUUGGUUAGAGCUGUUGUGUCUCUUGGUAUUAUUGUGUUUCUUCUUGUUGGUAUCUUGGCAGACGCUGCAACAAGUCUUCCAUCAACAGAUAAGGUCAAGACUUUGAGGUUUAGUGGUAAGGAUGUGAAUCUGUUUCAUGUGAGCAAGCGGAAAGUUCCAAAUGGAGCUGAUCCUAUCCACAACAGGAAAGCAGAAACUUCGAGACGGCCACCACGAGUAUGA